AUGGCAGAAAACGUCAAUCGACAACACCUCGAUUGCAUAUAUGACGAGGAACCUUUAGGUUUUGAUAAAGAUCCCAUGGCGCUUGAGAAAAAGCAGCCACAAGAUCCUUUUGAAGAAGUCAACCUUGGCGAAGAAGGGGACAAACGGCCCACAUACAUCAGCACCAACAUCGACCAAAAGCUCAAAUCAGAGGUAAUUUUGCUAUUAAAAGAAUGGCUUAAAAGCACCUUUGGUCCCUUCAUGAAGAAAAAUGGAAAUUUGAGAGUGUGCAUUGAUUUUAGAGAUUUAAAUGCUGCCACUCCGAAAGAUGAAUAUACCAUGCAUGUGGCAGAAAUGUUAAUCGAAUUUGCUGCUGGUUUUGAAUACUUAAGUAUGCUUGAUGGUUAUGCUUGUUAUAACCAAAUUUUUAUUGUAGAAGAUGUGCCGAAGAAGUCAUUUUGUUGCCCAGGGGCAUUAGGAACCUACGAAUGGGUGGUCAUGCCAUUCGGCCUAAAGAAUGCUGGAGUGACAUACCAGAGGAAAGAGCAUCAAGAGGCUUUCGAAAAGAUCAAAGAAUAUUUGAUGAAGCCUCCUAUACUGGCACCUCAUGUUAGGAGUAGGCCCAUGAGGUUGUAUAUCACAGCCUCAGACUCGACUAUAGAUAGAAUGCUAGUUCAAGAAAAUGACGACGGUGUCGAAAGACCUGUAUAUUAUCUUAGUCGAAUGUUAAAUGGUCUUGAAACUAGUCGAAUUGGUAAAUGGGCAUUGGCAUUAACAGAGUACUCUCUAACAUAUGCUCCUUUAAAAGCAAUGAAAGGGCAAGUGGUAGCAUACUUCCUUGUCGACCAUUCCAUGGUCUCCAUGCCUCAAAAUUAUGUCGAUUUGGUGCCAUGGAAAUUAAAUUUUGAUGGCUCCAGUCAUAAGAAUGGCAGAGGCAUAGGAGAGGUCAUAAUUUCUCCAAAUGGAAUUCCAGUAGAGUUCAAGUAUUUAAUCGACGGUGUAUGUACCAACAACGAAACGGAGUACGAAUCUCUGAUAACCGGACUUGAACUGCUGCUAGAAUUGGGGGCAAGAAAUGUCGAAAUUAUGGGAGAUUCUGAAUUAGUAGUUAAGCAGGUUUCAAAAGAGUACAAGUGCGUUAAAAAGAAUUUAAUCAUGUACUUUGUGAUUGUUAAUAGGUUGCUCAAACAAUUCGAAUCGACAAACAUUCGGCACAUACCUCGACGAGAGAACCAAGAGGCUAAUGACUUAGCGCAAGAGGCUUCAGGAUACAAGAAAAAUGAGGAUGGAGAGCCUAUUCAGAUAAGAGAUAAGGUUCGAGCAAUUGUGCUAUCUUCUUCAAAUCUGUCGAUUAUAAAAUUGAAUGUAGUUGAUGCCGAGAAUUUCGAAAUUUUAAUAGUCGAAAAUGGAAAAGAAAAUGACUGGCGUCAGCCAUUGGUUGAAUACUUACGCAACCCUACUGGUUCGACAGAUAGAAAGAUUAAAUAUAGGGCUCUAAAUUUUGUUUUGAUAGAAAAUGAGUUGUUCAAAAAGAUGGCAGAAGGGAUAUUGCUAAAAUGCCUUGGGGAAAGUGAAGCAUAUUUAGCCAUCUCGAACGAUUGCAUCGAGUUCGCUAAAGGUUUCCAAGUGUGCCAGAUGCAUGGGGGAAUCCAACACGUUCCUACAAGCGAACUACAUGCCAUUGUGAAACCUUGGCCAUUUAGGGGAUGGGCUUUAGAUGUAAUUGGAGAAAUAAAACCAGCUUCGUCAAAACAACAAAGGUACAUUUUAGUCGGUAUUGAUUAUUUUACGAAGUGGGUUGAGGCCGUAGCCCUAAGAAAUGUCGAUCAAGAGGCUGUGAUAGAUUUUUUACAAAAUCAUAUCAUAUGUCGGUUUGGGCUUCUAGAGACAAUCACAACCGACCAAGGAACAGUGUUCACAGGACAAAUAAUGCGGGAGUUUGCACAAGAAGUUGGCAUCAAAUUGCUGACAUCUACACCCUAUUACGCCCAAGCAAAUGGCCAAGUCGAAGCUGCCAACAAGGUGAUAAUUAGCCUAAUAAAAAAACAUGUAGGGAGGAAGCCAAAAAAUUGGCACCAAUCACUAGACCAAGCUUUAUGGGCAUGUAGAACAUCUCCCAAAGAAGCAACUGGGACCACGCCAUUUCGACUCACAUAUGGACAUAUGGACAUGACGCUGUGUUACCAGUAG